CUAAUUACAGAGAAACUCUUCUACGGGACACAAUACUAAUAUCUAUAUAUACAUAUACAUAUAGAGAGGUGUGCAUUAUUACAAACAUACAUUAUAUAUAUAUAUAUCAACUUUGUCAAUCAUGGUUGUGUUAGGCUCGCAAAAGGUUAAGAUCUUUGUGUCACUUUUUAUAUCACAGUACAUGUUUGUAUUGAUGAUAUGUAUGGUGAAUUGUAGUCCUCCAGAGGACCCCAUUAAGUGUUCGUCCAACAAUUCCAACUGCACCAUCACAAACUCGUACGGUGCAUUCCCGGAUCGGAGCGUGUGCCGAGCAGCUGAUGUUGCCUACCCCACCACAGAGGAAGAGCUAAUCUCGACGGUGGCAAUGGCGACAAUGGAGAGAAGGAAAAUCAAAGUGGCCACUCGUUUCUCUCACAGCAUUCCUAAGCUGGUUUGUCCUGACGGUGACAAUGGACUUCUCAUAAGCACGAAGUAUUUAAACCACACAUUAAAUGUUGAUCAAGACAAUAUGACUAUGAGUGUUGAGAGUGGCGUGACAUUGAGGCAACUUAUUAAUGAGGCAGCCAAAGCUGGGCUAGCACUGCCAUAUGCGCCAUACUGGUGGGGCUUGACCAUUGGUGGCCUAAUGGGCACCGGCGCGCACGGUAGUUCGCUGUGGGGGACGGGGAGUUCGGUUCAUGACUACGUGGUUCAACUUCGGAUUAUCACUCCGGCGGGACCUGAAGAGGGAUAUGCCAAAGUCUGGACCCUGGACAAUGGUGACCCUAACCUGAAUGCAGCAAGGGUUUCACUUGGCGUGCUUGGAGUUAUUUCACAGGUCACUCUGAGAAUGCAACCCUUGUUCAAGCGAGCCGUCACCUUCUUAGAGAGGAAUGAUUCGGACUUGGGAGAUCAAGCGGUUAGCUUUGGUCACCAACAUGAGUUUGCAGACCUAACAUGGUAUCCAAGUCAACGAAAGGUGGUAUACCGGAUUGAUGAUCGGGUCACAUCUAAUGCAUCCGGUAAUGGUCUAAAUGACUUCACCGGAUUUCGCUCCACACUUUCACUUGUUUUGAAAACCAUAAGAUAUACAGAGGAAAAUCAAGAAUCUAAUGGUGAUGCUGAUGGGAAAUGCAUCAAUGCAAAGCUUAAUCUAUUUACACUCAAGAUCAGCGCGUAUGGGUUAACAAAUGAUGGUAUUGCCUUUACAGGCUACCCUGUAGUUGGAUAUCAAAAUCGGCUCCAAGCCUCAGGAGGCUGCCUUGAUAGCUUAAAGGAUUCAAUGAUCACAGCAUGCCCUUGGGACCAUCGAGUUGACGGACUCUUCUUUCACCAAACUACAUUCAGCAUUGGCUUGUCCAAAGUCAAGAGCUUCAUUCAAGAUGUCCAAAACCUAAUUCAAUUAGAGCCUAAAUCCAUGUGUGGCGCAGAACUCUACAAUGGAUUCCUCAUGCGCUAUGUCAAGACUUCAACUGCUUACUUAAGCAAACAAGAAGAUGCACUUGACUUUGACAUCACAUACUACAGAAGCAAAAACCCGAUGACCCCUAGGCUCUACGAAGACAUACUUGAAGAGAUAGAGCAGCUCGCGAUGGUCAAGUAUGGAGGGUUGCCACAUUGGGGGAAGAAUCGAAAUGUGGCCUUUGAUGGAGUGAUCAAGAAAUACAAAAAUGCCCAAAAAUUCUUCAAGGUUAAGAAGAUGUAUGAUCCAUUAGGGCUCUUCUCCAGUGAGUGGACAGACCAAGUUCUUGGGUUGAAAGAUGGGGUGACCAUUGUGAAAGAAGGUUGUGCUCUGGAAGGGUUGUGCGUAUGCUCAGAAGACAUUCAUUGUGCCCCAAACAAGGGUUAUGUUUGUCGACCAGGAAAAAUUUACAAGGAUGCAAGGGUUUGUACUCGUUUAAAAUCAACUGCAUUUUAGUAACAAUAACUUAGCCCUUGUUCAAUUUAAAUGUUAUACCAACACUUACAAAAUCAUUGUGUGACAAUACUUUCUACUAGUCGUUUUUUUAAGAAGCAAAUCUUACUAGCAAAACAGAAAAUUUAGGAUAUAUUUAUUUUAAGAUACGAACAUUUGUUUUAUAAACUAUGUUGUACAAUUUAUAAAAUAUUUUA